AUGUGGAAUUUGCAGCAUACAAACAAUGAAGAUCGCAGUAAAAAGACUCCCGCAUUCAAGAAAUGGGGAGUGUUAUACAGCGGUAUUACAUGGAUGCAAAAGUUACGCAAAACAGCCAGUAGUACGCCCUCAAACGAACCAGAUGUCCCUACAUCUGAAGCAGUUGGACUUAAAUCUAUAACAGCCAAAAACAAACCCAACAGAUGGAAACGGCUGCUUAGUACAACGAGAACAGAAUCCUAUAGAAACAUAGAUCCGAUUAGCCCCACCUCAAAACCUCCACGUCAAAACACGGGACAACAGUACUACACUCCGGGGACUCCAGCAGCAAGGUUAUUGAAAUCAGCAAGUGUAGGAGAUUAUGCUCGACUGGUCCCUCGUGCUGAGGUCAACACAUCGCUUCGUGGAUGUACAACAACAAACCAGCCUGAGCAAGUACAUUCUUUCUCCUAUUCUUCUGGAUUGCCUAACCGAGCUUCAGCUGAAAACGUAUAUCCGUUGUUUUGGCCCAGUCACGGUAAUCCACUCCCAUCACCUUCACUUGACAUGCACAAACUGGCGUUUCUACAAAAGUCUGAGGACUCCACCGUGGACCGGACAGAUUGUGAAUCGACUUUGGAGCCAAGUGACAGUUCUCAAGGUACUGAUCAUCAAUUUGGCUCGCAGACUGGCAGUACAAACGCAACAAAGUCCAUGUCAGGAAGCGCUCAGCCUGAUGCUAAUGAUUCGGAAAGCAUGGAAUCGAGAGAAAACCAAGAGGAAAUGAAAACUAUAAUGCAUCGUGAAAGAAGACGAGCGGUAAUCGAAGACGAUCAUUUCCAGUGGAACUCUGAGGAGGAAGCCUCAAACGCCGGCUCAACCGCUGCGGCUGCUGAAAGCGAAACUUCUACCUCAAAGAGUACCGGAGAACUUGUAUCAUCGGUCGGCUUUUUUGGUGGACAACGACGCGGAUUGCUUAGAAAGCAACGUACAGUUGCUGAGUUGCUGGCGCGUUCUCAAACUCUGAAUGCAUCGUCGGAAUUUGACACAAAAACACGAAAAAAAGCCAUUUUGAAGCUGGCUGAAAGUCGUUCACGUUCAAAAGAUCUCGUUCUGGAUAUUGGUGAAGCACUGAGCAAAUUAACUCCAUCAACAUUUACGGAUACUUAUUUGGAAUCAUUCAGGAACUCACACUGGUCACAGAUAACAACCAAUGGAAGUGUACCGGCUACAGAGGAAGGUCCGAUGCCAACAAGAAGAGAAGUCCUUCGGCGUGAGGCUGUUUGGGAGCUGUUCAAAAGCGAAUUGAUUUUCUUCACUGAUCAUUUGUUGGUCUUGAAAAACUGCUUCAUGGAACCAUUAAAGAAGCUUCAAGUGGACGGAUACCUCAUGUUCGUCGAACCUUCGGAUCUAUAUGGAAAUUUGGAUGACUUGUGCUAUGUGAGUCACUCUCUGUGUCGGGAACUUCUUGGGAACCUGAGCCGCGAUAGUCGAGUGAAAGAUUUCGGCAACACAAACGUAUUACUCCAGACCCUAAAACGAUGGUCGGAACAUUCCAGAGACGGAGAAGUGUACCAUACAUAUUGUUUGAACUAUGACUCCGCCUUGGUCUACCUGGACACCCUGAGGACGAACGAGCAAUUCACUGAGUAUGAAAGGUGGUGUGAACAGGAUCCUCGAUGCAGGCGUUUACAACUAACUGAUUUGUUGGUUGCACCUAUACAGCAUUACAUGAAGAUUCCACUCAUGCUCACCGGAAUCCGAGGAUACACUGCUGACAAGGCGGAGCAAGACAUGCUCCAAAACUGCUUGGAGAAGGUGGAUAAAGCACUGAAAUCGCUGGAAAACAAAAUGCAAUGGCUGAAAAGUUUCGAGCGCCUUCAAGAGAUUCAAACACAGCUAGUUUGGCCCUCUGUUUCGGAAUUGGAACCGAAAGUUUUCAUACCGGACUGCUUGAAACCGAAGGUUGCCAAACAACCAUGUGAGCGGUUGAUUGCAACUCCCAGGAGGAACUUGCUACACGAAGGCCCGUUGACGUUAAUUGAUGGGAAUAAAGUGAUUGAGACAUACACCUUUUUGUUUGACGACUUUCUCCUCCUUACAAAAGUAAAGAAGCAUCCGAAGAAGAAUAUUGGAGACGAUGCUGUGUACAUCGUUCAUCGACAGGCAAUCGCCUUAGACCGGUUCAUGUUGCACGAGUUGAGUUCUGCUGAGGAACAUGAGGAUGCAGUGCAAUCCAGCGGAGCUGUGAAUGCAGUUUCUAGCCACCUUGCUGCUAUCGACGUGGACAAGAAGCACAUGUGA